AUGUCCCCCGCAGCAGCAGCAGCCGGGGCAGCCGGGACGGAAACGCCGCCCAAGACGCCGCCUCCGGACACGGAAGAGACGCCACUGCUCGCAUCACAGGCCGACGAGGACCGCGACGAGCAUCAAGAGGCUGCCCUGCUCGAGCCGCCCCAGAACGAGACCAGGCGCACCAAGAGCUGGUGGUUCUGGCGGAUCCUGUGGGCCGUGGUGGCGGCGUUGAUACUCGCUGUCUUUAUCAAAGGUUGGGUGGACGCGAAGGAUGUGGACUUUGACCUGAAAGGCGCUCUGAUGAAGGCGCUUGGUGGUGGUCUGAGUGGUGCCGCUGCGAUGCUGUUGCAGGUCUUGCUCUUGAUGUGGAUUCGUACAAUCAUGAACUACCAAUACCGCCAUGGCUCUUCUCUCACCACAGCGACCAAGACCCUGUACGCAGAGGGUGGCAUCCGCCGCUUUUACCAGGGCACAGGCUGGGCCCUCAUCCAAGGCCCAGUCUCCAGGUUCGGCGACACCGCCGCCAACGCCGGCAUUCUGGCCCUGCUCCAGUCCAAUGGCUAUCUUCGCCAGCUGCCUACAGUCAUCCAGACCAUCUUUGCCUCCCUGUGCGCCGCCGCAUUCCGCAUGAUCCUCACCCCGAUCGACACCAUGAAGACCACCAUGCAGGCCCAGGGUGCACGCGGCACAGCCUUGCUCAGGAGGCGCGUCAAGGAGAACGGUAUCGGUAGCCUGUGGUGGGGUGCCUUUGCCACUGCGGCGGCCACGUUUGUGGGACAUUAUCCUUGGUUCGCAACGUACAACUUCCUGUCAGAGGCCAUCGCGGAGCCGCCGAAGCACCCGCUCAUCGUCUGGCUCGCCCGCCUCGCCCUCAUCGGUUUCUGCGCCUCGGUCGUGUCCGACUCUGUCUCGAACUCGCUGCGGGUGAUCAAGACAUACCGUCAGGUGAACGACACCCAGGUCUCAUACACCGAGGCCGCCCGUCUUGUUGUCCUACAGGACGGCAUUUUGGGCUUGUUUGGUCGUGGCCUCAAGACACGCAUCAUUGCGAAUGGGCUGCAGGGCAUCCUGUUCUCUAUACUUUGGAAGCUCUUCCUUGAUCUAUGGGACAACAGGACUUCUUGA